AUGCGGGCGCAUCUCCUUCGACACGUGCGAUGCGUUGCUACUCCCAUCCGCUCGCCGUGGAAUCGACUCUGGGGUAGAGCGCAUGUAUUCCGCCAUGCCUUGAAUACCCCCAUACCAUCUCUCCCGCAGAUUCGAUCAUUGUCGGCAUCGCCACCGAAUUUGCGGAUCCAUGGAGGCAAUCAAACCAUAUACGCUCUGUCUACAGCUCCUGGUCGAGCUGCGAUCGCUGUAGUCAGAGUUUCUGGACCGGCCUGUGUCUCGGUUUACCAAGCGCUCUGCCCUAAAGCACCACUACCACAACCCCGCGUGGCAGCGGUUCGCACCCUUUACGAUCCGGCCUCAACCAAUCUACCCAGCCAAGCGGGAGUCUUAGAUGCUGGUGCUCUGGUAUUAUACUUUCCCGGGCCUAAAACCGCCACUGGAGAGGAUGUAUUGGAAUUUCACCUUCACGGAGGACUAGCAAUUGUCCGAUCCGUCCUAGCAGCCAUCGCGGGUUCUGGCGCGAGUGACCGCCUUGUGCGGUACGCAGAGCCAGGCGAAUUUACACGACGAGCGUUUAUGAACGACCGGCUUGGACUGCCGCAGAUUGAGGCGUUGGGAGACACCCUAGCGGCAGAUACGGAACAGCAGCGGCGCCUGGCUGUACGUGGUGCGAGUGACGCGUUGUCAAAGCGGUACGAACAGUGGCGCCAGCAGUUAAUUUACGCCCGUGGAGAACUUGAGGCAUUGAUAGAUUUCUCGGAAGACCAGCACUUUGAUGAGUCCUCUGACGAGUUGAUAUUAUCGGUGGCGUCGCAGGUGCGGGCCCUCAGUCGGCAGAUUGCACUGCACAUCCAAAACGCGUCAAAGGGCGAGUUGAUGCGUAGCGGUAUUAAGGUUGCCCUUCUUGGAGCCCCGAAUGCAGGUAAAAGCUCUAUUCUGAAUCGGAUUGUCGGGCGAGAGGCGGCUAUUGUCAGUACCGAAGAAGGCACUACCAGAGAUAUUGUGGAUGUUGGAAUCGACUUGGGCGGUUGGUAUUGCAAAUUGGGAGAUAUGGCGGGGAUUCGAUCGGAGCCGGGUAGAAAACCAGGAGAUAUUUCAUUGAUGAUUGGUGCUGUCGAAAAAGAAGGUAUCCGGCGGGCUCGCGCGCGAGCCCUAGAAUCCGACGUGGUCGUUGUGGUUAUCUCUGUGGAGGAUGGACUCGAGAAAGACGCACCGCAUCGACUUGCUGUAGAGCCGGACGUCGUCGAUGCGGCCAACGAGUGUGUGCGCGCAGGCAAGCAUAUUAUCGUUGCCAUCAACAAAUGUGACCGAUUGCCACCACUGGGCCGGAGCAAGUUUGCUCACGCGCCCCACGAACUAACUCUGCAAGUGAGCCAGCUCUUCCCUGAGAUUCCGAUGAAGCGUCUCUUCGGCAUCUCGUGCCUCGAGCGCUCAGAUACACCCGAACAGUCGGAGACAAGCACCUGGCCGUCCUUCCUACAGGGUCUAAUCUCAACCUUCGAGGAAAUGGCUACUCCACAUGGAGUAGACGGGGAUGCAAAUGGACAGUACGAUCGAUCAUACUGGGAAGACUCCCUAGGAGUGAGUCAUCGGCAGAGUACGAAUCUUCAAAUAUGCCAGCAAAGCCUAGAUGAUUUUCUUGCAGAGGUUACUCCAUCGUCUCGAAUGCCCGAAUUGGAGGUGGACAUCGUGGUGGCCGCGGAGCAUCUUCGCUACGGGGCUGAAGCUCUCGCUUCAAUUACGGGAAAGGGUGAAAGCGGCGAUGUCGAGGAUGUGCUGGGCGUGGUUUUCGAGAAGUUUUGCGUUGGGAAGUAA